AUGAACCCGCAAAGGUUUUCGGACCAGGGACUCGCGAGCCAUAACCAUCUUGCACCCCCUGAGCUGUCUUCUGCGAUUGAGGUCAGCAGUCAAACAGCAACUGUUAUUCAAGACACGGCAGAAUAUUUCCCCCUUUCAAGGCUCCUCGAUGACGGCGAUAUUCUAUUGCUCCUAACCCCGGCAGUCGCUCCUGCUCAUGCCCCAUCCAACGCCAAAACCGACCAUCUGACCAGUGACCCCUUUGAACCGCUCGGAAAGGCCUUAGCGAAAAUACACCCGUGGGUUCGGCAGGUUCCUUACACGCCCAAAAACGGGAUAACUGGGACUCACGCCGUGCACAUUAAGCUAGCGAAAUCCGUUGUCUUUGUUAUCUCAGGUCCUCCCUGCUUUGGUCAAACUCCACAGGUCUCACUGGCUGAGACGGUACGAUCGCUGUGUGAAAGUCGAUCGCUAAUAUUGUUGGCAUGCUGCAACGUUAGGUGGCUAGGCCCUCUAGAAUGCUCAUUUCCAACAGUCGUUCAGACUUCUGGCUUCAGUCCCUCAGAGCUCAAAGCCGCGGCCGAUACCAUGCUUGGGAGCGUCAAGCAGCCACAUACAGCAGGAGGGCCAAACGUCCAGAAUCUCAUCUUAGCGCCAAAAUCAUGGCAAGUUGAGGCAUGGAACGAGCAUCGUGAUGUCCCCCCUGCUUAUGAGCUGUGGUGCCAGUGCUUUCCCGACAACUUUCGGCUUACUCGGUUUUUAUUCCAAUCCCUUCUCUGCCGCGAUGGCUACGCGAUGCACUACGUGGUUCGCGAGCCAGGGACCACCCAGCUACUGGGAUUCUGUGCUACUUAUACCACAUACAUUGGCAGCGACUCGGAAAGAUUGGUUGGCUCUCUAGCCGCUCUGUUUGUUCGACCGUCCUAUCGACAAAGGGGCAUUGGGCUGAGUUUGCACGACCACGCUUUGCGCCAACUAAGAAAGACCCGCGGGGUCAGCCGUCUACAGCUCGGAAGCACAUUUCCACGUUUGUUCUACGGAGUUCCAAUGGACAACCCCUCGGAGGACUGGUUCUCUCGCCGCAACUGGCCCGUCAGGCCUCAGUCCAAGUCCAUGCUACCGGGCGCUGGGCAGGAAACGUGCGACUGGUUGCUUGUGUUUGACGACUGGCCCACGACGGCAACGAUGCAUUCGGGACUAAAGUUUCGGCCAUGUGAGUUUAGCGAGUACCACAUGGUAAUGGAAAUAGUGGAGGGGGAGUCGAGGGAGAAGGACAACAUGGGGUGGUACGACCAAUACGCAAAACUGGAGGGCACCGUAAAUAUCGAGGAUAUCGUGCUGGGGCUUGAGGGACAAACUAUUGUGGCGGUGGCCUUGACGUACGUCAAGAACACUGGAAGUCCAGUUUUUGAGGAUCUACCGUGGGCCGGAAUGAUUUCAGACGAUGUUGGCGGAGUCACAUGUAUCUGCAUAUCAGAUCAAAAUCGUAGUGUGGCAAAAGGGAGAGAUGCAAUCAUGCUGAGGCUUCUCGACAGUUGCGUCCACAGAUUUGCCCAGCAAGGAUUGAAAAAGAUGUUCAUUGACGCCAUGAAAGGAGGUGAUGAAGGUUUUCAAUCCAUGGGUUUCCAAAAGUGGGCGAGAUACAGAGAAGUCUGGCGUGAUGUUUAA